GACGCUGUGUGCUGGCCCCUGGCUGAAGUGCAGUUUGGCUGAGCUUUUGCUCCACUUAUGAAUACUUCUUGCUGGAAGUCCAUCACCCAGAGGCCUGCUCUCCCAACGGCCGGACCACAGCAGAGUGCCAUGACACGGGAGGGGCAGUUCAGGGAGGAGCUGGGCUAUGACCGGAUGCCCACACUGGAGAGGGGUCGGCAGGACGCAGGACGGCAGGACACAGGCAGUUACACCCCUGACACAAAGCCCAAGGACCUGCAGCUGACGAAGAGGUUGCCUCCGUGCUUCAGCUACAAGACAUGGGUAUUCUCUGUGUUGAUGGGGAGCUGCCUUCUCGUGACCUCUGGGUUUUCGCUCUACCUGGGGAACGUGUUCCCCUCCGAGAUGGAUUAUUUGCGCUGUGCAGCAGGCUCUUGCAUCCCCUCAGCAAUCGUGAGCUUUGCUGUUGGGAGGAGAAAUGUCAGUGCGAUUCCCAACUUUCAGAUAUUGUUCGUUUCCACGUUCGCUGUUACCACUACGUGCUUAAUCUGGUUUGGAUGCAAACUGAUCCUGAAUCCCUCAGCCAUAAACAUUAAUUUCAAUCUCAUCCUGCUCUUGCUGUUGGAGCUCCUCAUGGCUGCCACGGUGAUCAUCUCGGCCCGGUCCAGUGAGGAGCCCUGCAAGAAGAAGAAGGGUUCCAUCUCGGACGGCACUAACAUUCUGGAUGAAGUGACUUUUCCUGCUCGGGUCCUAAAGUCCUAUUCUGUGGUAGAAGUAAUUGCUGGUGUCUCGGCUGUCCUCGGUGGGGUGAUCGCUCUAAAUGUAGAGGAAGCUGUCUCAGGUCCCCAUCUCUCGGUGACAUUCUUUUGGAUUUUAGUGGCUUGUUUUCCAAGUGCCAUCGCCAGCCAUGUGACAGCGGAAUGUCCCAGCAAAUGUCUGGUGGAGGUCCUGAUCACCAUCAGCAGCCUUACAUCCCCACUGCUGUUCACCGCCUCUGGAUACCUGUCCUUCAGCGUGAUGAGAAUCGUGGAGAUUUUUAAAGAUUACCCACCAGACAUCAAAUCCUAUGAUGUGCUGCUGCUGCUCCUGCUGCUGCUGCUGCUGCUUCAGGGGGGACUCAACACUGGCACCGCCAUCCAGUGUGUGAGCUUCAAAGUCAGCGCCCGGCUGCAGGCGGCCUCCUGGGACUCCCAGUCCUGUCCCCAGGAGCGGCCAGCAGGGGAGGUGGUCCGAAGCCCCCUCAAGGAGUUUGACAAAGAAAAAGCCUGGAGAGCUGUGGUGGUACAAAUGGCCCAGUGACUGCAGGAUAAAGAAACUGAGUCUGGGUGUCUGCCUGGCUCCCGGCGUGUUCCACUGUAUGGACUCUAACCAUCGCGCAACUACCGCUUUCUAACAUACUCUUUCCCUCCCGUGAGGGCAGCCCAGGCUGCAAGGAGCUUUGGGUUUCCUGUAGUAGUUUAACUUUGAAAUGGGCAGGUGUUGAGUAUCGGGCCUUGAUAGUUGUGUCAGUUGUGUGCAUCUGAGGUGACCCUGAUGGCCUGGACAAUGUUCUUUUCAGCCCUCUUCACUUCCUGGUCUGAUCCUCAUUCACAGGGAUCUGGUGUUUUGGCCUUAGGGCACUCCCAUGCCUUUGCAUGCCCCACAGUGUGGGGAUAGUGUGGCUGUGAGAAUCACAGAUUGUUUGUAUGCCCCCUCCCCGAACCCCAGAGGCUGGCUGACAAGAGAACUAAGGAAUCUAUAGUAAGUUGGGUCCUUUGUGAAAAUGGAGGUCAUUUUAGGAAUUGCCUCUGUGCUUGGGAGGGGAGCCUCUGUGCUUGGAAAGACAGUGCCUUUACUGAGCUGGGAUAUCAAUGGGCAGAUAGGGGAAAGAACAGAGCUGCCAGGGUCAGGGAGAGAGCGAAAAUCCCCCUAGGCUUCUCACGUGCAGAUGCUCACGACUCUGCUAGGGUUCAUGGAAAGCAGAGUCAUUUCCAAACGGAGGGGUGGGUACAAGUAAGGCACCUGACAGGGAGAUGUACGAGCCAAGAGCUCCAUCUCCAGCGUUGGGGAUCCCGGUCCUGUCUUCAUCUCUGCGACUCCAGAGAGCUGGACCUGCCCCACAUAAGUUCCAUGAGAGGUCAUUCUCGCCUGCCUAUGUGCAGAGCCCACUGGGCCUCCGGCCUUCUGCAGCUCUACCACAUGCUACUGGGUAGGAAGGGAGCCGUGGUCACACUGGGCUGGCAAGCCAUCUUCUGGGAGACUUGAACUUUCAGGACCAGAAUGAGGCGGCGGCAGGAGGAUUGCUGCCAGCUUGCACUUUCUAAUUUUAGAGUUGUUUUGUUUUUUUUUUAAGAUCAUAUAAACGGGGUCUAAAAAAUGGUCUCUUGUAUCCUUGUGUUUGUUAAUAGUUUAAUAUGCUUGAGUAAUAAAUGCUAACACGCAAAUGUG